GGGCGAGAAACGACCGCCCAGAAAAUAUUGCUAAACUAACACUGCGCAUGCUCUCAUCAAGAACGUGCUUGACUCAGUUUAGGAUGAUUAGAAGGUGCCCAGGCUGGGUAUAUCUGCUUUCCGUUCGUGAGAGUCGUCAGAAUAUCAUUAAAACCACGGUUUAACUUCGUAAUGGCAUACCAUAGAGCAUCAGAGACCAAACGAGAGCAGUUUCGAAGAUACCUGGAGAAAGCUGGUGUACUUGACAGCCUCACCAGUGUUUUGGUCGCAUUGUAUGAAGAGACAGAGAAACCCAACAAUGCUCUUGAUUUUCUGAAGCAGCACCUGGGUGUGGCCAGCCAGGAGUCUGCAGACGCCGAGGCCCUCCGGCAGGAACUGAAUGAGAUGAGGCAGAGGUGUGAGCUGCUGAUGGAAGAGAACAAGGGGCUCAAGAACAAGCUUCAACGUUAUGAGCCUACCCAAGAUGAUGGAGCAGCCCAAUAAAAAGUGCCCUGCUGAAAUCCAUUAUUAUUUGGGGGGGGGGG